AUGGAGACAUUCAAGUCGCUCUUCUCCAAGCCGGACCCCCAGGCGCAGGUCCGGAAGUGCAACGCCCUUCUCCGCUCCAACAUCCGCAAGCUCGACCGCGACAUCUCGACGGUCAAGCAGGUCGAGAUCAAGACCAAGAACCUCAUCGUACAGGCCGACCGCCGCGCCCAGCGCGACCCCUCGCGCCAGAAGCAGGCCCAGAAAGAGGUGCGCGACUUCGCCCGCGAGCUAGUCCGCGCGCGCCGCACCUCGGCUCGCCUCGUCACCUCCAAGGCCCAGCUCAACUCGGUCCAGAUGCAGGUCAACGAGGCCUUUGCAGUCCGCAAGAUUGAGGGCUCCAUCAAGGCCAGCGUCGGCAUCAUGAAGGAUGUCAACUCCCUCAUCCGCCUGCCCGAGCUGUCGGGCACCAUGCGCGAGCUGAGUGUCGAGCUCAUGAAAGCCGGCAUCAUCGAGGAGAUGGUCGAGGACGCUCUGCCCGAGGACCCGGACAUGUUCAUGGAGGACGAGGAAGCAGAGGGCGAGGUCGACAAGGUCCUCGGCGAGAUCCUCAAGGACCGCAAGGAGCCCGCCCUGCCCGCCGCACCGCUGCCCGAACCCCAGCAGCCCGUCCAGGAGGAAGAGGAGGAGGAAGAGGACGCCGAGGUCAUGAUGGACCAAAUGCGGAACCGCCUAGAUGCCCUGCGGAGCUAG